UUAAACAUAUAUAAAAGACCAAACCAAACAAUAGUUGAAUCCAAAGCAUGAAAAUGAAAAUGGAAGGGACUAAAGAGUUCAAGAAUAUGAAGCGUAAGGGAGUAAAAUGUAAUUUUAUCAUAAAUGAUCCCAUGUUCCAAAAUCCAACUCCCUCUUUAUAAAAGAACAUAGUAGUCGUUUGAAAGCCCAUGCAAAAAGUCACGAAACAUCCCUUUCUCUCUGACUCCCUCGUAACUUAGUCCUAUUCUUCGAUUAUGGACGGCUGUAGUGGUACACAAGAGAUGGUAGCCGGAGGCGGAGUAGCUGGAACGCCGGUUGCCUGCAGGUGGAAUCCGACGAAGGAACAGAUAAGCAUGCUGGAGACUUUAUAUGGACAAGGGCUAAGGACACCGACGGCGGAGCAGAUUCAAGAGAUAACCAGAAGGCUGCAGACGUAUGGACAUAUUGAAGGCAAAAAUGUGUUUUAUUGGUUUCAAAACCACAAAGCUAGGCAAAGGCAAAAGGAAAAGCAAGAUCACCUGUCUUUAUUCCGGCAAUAUAACCACCACCACCACCACCAUCGCCUCUGUCAUCAGCCAUUCCUCCCUCUACCACCGUCGCCAAGCGAAUUCAUUUUAUGGAAAAUAUUUCAAACUCGCAUAAUUAUUUGUCAUUUGUUGUUUUCAGUUCUAUAUGAUACCUGUUACAUGCCACCCAGCAAUUUAGGGUUCUAUACCCAGCACCCACAAGUCGCAUCACCUAGCAUCAGCAAGAGACGACCACCACGAGCCACUAAGUCAAAAUCGCCGGACGACGGCGGAUUCAUGCUGAAGCACCGGCCGGAAAGCUUUGUUUCUGUUUCCGGAGGGAAUAUUAACACGAUGAACAUAGAGCAAAAUGAGAUUGUUCAUCGCAGAAACCACAGUUAUCAAGAAACUUUGGAUCUUUUCCCUCUGCACCCAACUGGGAUUCUGCAAGAACGAAUGGAAACUUCAGGCACUGCUACUUGUCUUGCUUCCACUGCUUGUACAUCGAGCUCUUCUGGAAGUGCGGUUGACCGGCUAUACUUUGACUUUUUUGCUUGAUUUUGACAAGUGUUGAUGAUACAUGGUUCAAAUUCUUCUCUAACAUGCAUGCAAAUUUUGAUCGGUUGCACACAAUUGAACUCAAUGUAACUUUUGUUUUCAUAUAUGUUUGGUCAAUGAGUUUGUGGAUUCUGUACGUAUUCCAUAGCAUUGGAAUAUUGCAGAUUGGAAAAAAAAGAUAAAUCAAUUAUCGUUUAAGACGUUUGUUGUUAAUCAACUGAUCAUUCAUUUAACUAAUCUGAUGGGUUUUAGUACUUUUUAUGACAA